AUUCAGAGCUAUAUGCAUACGGAGUUAGCGACAAAGGUUCUGCCCACAGUUGUGAGACUUCCAGAGGGACCCUUGUUGCUGUUUUUCCGCGACCCUCGGUGUUUUCAUAUCAUGUUAGAAGUCAGUGAGGGGUGAAAGGGACGUUAUAAUUGACUUAAUUGACUGUAAUGGUGAGAAAGCAGCGCUCAGCUCGUCGUGUAGCCUAGCCCGAGUGUCUGUGUCAGACUUUGCUGUGUUUCAGUGUCCGGAAGUUCUCGGGGGAAAAAAGUAAGAAAGGCAUGAAAAAAAGGAUCUGGAAGGAGCCUUUCUCCAACUUUCUCCGAGCCCACUGAAACUCUGUUUUCUCCUGUUGCCGAGUGGACAUAUCUCGCGUCUUUCUUUGGUCGUGUGUUAAAACAGUGCGUGCAUUAAUUUAUCGAUGGGUCUGCCGACGCUGGAGUUCAGUGAUUCUUUCCUGGACAGUCCGGAGUUCAGAGAGAGACUGCAGUGCCAUGAAAUAGAGCUGGAGCGCACCAACAGGUUUAUCAAAGAUCUCAUCAAAGAUGGAAACAUGCUCGUCUCUGCCCUCAGAAGUAAGAACACCGUGGUUAUUAACUUGUUUUGGUUGUAAGUGCUUGUUACAGUUUGUCACUUUAACCAGCUGCACGGUCUGCUGCAUGAUAACAGAGGAGAGAGAGCCAAGGCCAUCAAUUCAAGCAGAGCCAGCUUUUGGCCUAUAUGACACAAACACACUGUGGUUCAGAGUUGAUUGCUUUUGUUUGAUGUCAGAUAGUAAGAGCAGCACCACUGAGUUACAAUUAAAAAGUAGUACCACAGAUUAGACUUGCCUGUCUUUGUCUGGUUUAUGAGAGGUUCAGGUAUCAAACAAGGAGACCAGGGUAAUGAGGAAACUGAUCAUUUUUAAUUAUCUGAUGAUCCAUGUUCUCAAUAAUUUAUAACUCACGUGGUGUUAUCUAAAGAGGUUAAAGAAAGGAUUAUGGGUUGUUUUCAUACACCCAAACUGUCAUAACAACAUAGUGAUAUAAUAACUAGAAUUAUAUUAAGUUGUGUGUGCUGCCUGAAAAUGGACAAAAACAGCUGACGGGCAAUCUUUCAGCUGAUUUAUUUACUUAUUUUGUUAACAGACUUAGUGGAGACCUUGGAAAGUGUGCUGCUUUUCUACCAAGCUGAGUUUACAAAAGGGCCAAAACAUAGUUUUAAGACAAAACCAAUCUUACUACCAUGCUUAUACUGCAUGUUGCAUAAACCAGCAGACAUCAGUCAUGUUUAAUUCAACUGCAAUAUUAAAUAUGUGGACACCUAUAUUUAUUAUUCUAAUGAAAAAGUAUCUGCAUGUCUUCAAUAGAAAGGGUAUGUAAAGGGCUAGUAGGUAAUUUUUGCUACGGCUUCCCCCGUGGUGGGUUUGACAACAUUAAACAAAGAACUAAAAGCCCUGUAUGAACGGUGGUACACAAUGAGGUGUACAACACUGUAAAGACUUUUCAGAUUGUAAUGAAACAUUUCUCACCACUUUAAAAGUUUUUAUUUGUUUCAAUGAUUAUUUCAUCAAAAAGUUCAUAACUGUGGCUAUGAAGGGUAGCGUGUGGGGAACGGUAUCUUAAAAAAAGAAAUAUAUCAUUAAUAGGAAAUCGCUGAACAGAAAAUACAAACAUGCUGUUUGUUUAACUGCUUGAGUGUUUCUUUUAUUAUGUGUAAUCAGCUGAUGAGAACUCACAGCAGCACCUCCUCCACCUGACUAGGUGAAAGCUCAGACACACCUACACCAUGUGCUGGCCUGUGGUUUCCUUUGCGCAGCCCCUAUUUGAGGUCAUUGGAGUGAAAGCUGCUGCUGCUGCCUUCCACACAGAAACACACACACACACACAUGACAAUGACUAUGUUGGCCUAAUCUUGACCAAACAGUGACCAGACGGUGGAGAACAUGAUGACUGUACUGUUUCCUCACACUUCUGUCACCACCAGAGUCACCACAACAUGAUAUAGCUGUGACAAAGAGAUCUUUAAUCUUUCUAAAAUGUGAUGUUUCUUGAUAUCUGUAUAAAAAAAUUUUUUUUAAAAAGUUAAGAACUAAAAGUCCUGUUUGGUGGCCCUGUAAGCAACAGGUGUUUUGGUGAUUGAUUAAGCUGAUUAUAAUGAUUAUAAUGUCCAAUCACCCAGAAUUACCCAGUUUUUCUCUUAGGAUUGCUGAUGGAGACUGUAAUGAAAAAUAGCUUUACUGUUGAUUAAUUUAUCUUUUUUCAGACAUUUUAUCAGUGUUUGGUUUAAAAAAAGUUGGACAUAAAAAAAGGUCAGUGAUAAUCAGAGCUCAGGCAGACAUGUGGUAGUGGCCUAAACAAAUAGACAAAUCUAUAUCAUAUUAAUAGACUUUAACAUAUUCUCAGUCUGGAUGUUAGACACAGAGAAAUUUGACUUUUACUCCAGAAGUUCUUCAAGCUAAUUUCUGAAACUUAAAAAAAAUGCUGACCAUUUCAGUUUCAGAUAUUAUAGUAUCAAAAAACAACAUUUUACAGUCAUCGAUUGGUUAAGCAAAGUUUUUUGUCUAAAUAUUUUGUCCAAAUCUAUUGCCUUAAAUAACAAAGCUGAUACUUUGAUUUCCAGCUGUUUUUAACACUCACCUAACCACUCUAAUCACCAGGCAGAAUGUGUUAUAAAGUGCCAUCAAAGGAAACUUAAAUGGUUUUAUUAUGUGUAUAAUGCACUCUUAAAGCAGCUGGGAUAUAUUAGUGAGAGAAGCCGGUGUUUUGAUGCCAAGUGUUAUUACACCUUAGAGAACAAAAGGUGAUACUAAACUCUGAUGUCUAAGUGUUGUUUGGACACAUAAACACAGCUUUCUGAGAUUUGUGCAGGUCGUGCCAUUUGCUUUACUUCAAACCUCGUUACCUUAUGAACUCAAAGUGGAUGGAAUGCAGGAGUCUCCUAGGAAAAUAUGGAGUCUGUUAGAGGAAGAAUAAGUGCAAAGUGAUUGUAGUUGCUUGCAGAGGGGAGGGAGUGUUACAGGGACUUGGGGGGGGGGAUAAUCACAGCUCAGGCCAAGAACAUUGUUGAGCAAAUUGUGAAAUUGCCACUUGAAAAUCCAGUCAAACAAAUAUGCAUGACACAAUUACUCUCAUUCUGCUGUUUUACUCUCAUUGUUUGCAUAGCACUGAUACACCAUGACUAACCUGUGAUCAUUGUGUCUUAAAGAUAUGUAAACUGCCACACUCACCAAUCUUAUCCCAUUGCAGUUGAGGCAGUAUCCAAGCGAGUGUUAAAACAUGAACAGCGUUAGAAAACCUCAAUCCUAAAAAUUGAAAAGUUGCUGACAACAAAUUUUUCCCUCUUUUUUUUUUUCUCAGGCCUCUCUCUGGCUGUGCAGCGGUUCUCCCAGUCUCUACAGGAGUUCCAGUUUGAAUGUAUUGGAGAUGCAGAGACUGAUGAUGAGAUCAGCAUAGGUGAGAUGAAAACAUCCCCGAUGAUCUAGAGAAUUAGGUAAGAUGAGUCGAGUCGAAGAGUCUUUUCACAACAGAGGUCUCUUUCUUUCUUUCUUUUUCAGCUCAGUCCUUGAAGGAGUUCUCUCAGCUGUUGAGCACCAUGGAGGAAGAGAGAAAACGACUUGUAAGAAAAGAAACAUAUUUGUUUUUGUAUCUGAGAGAAAGAGAGAGGGGGGUGGGUUGAAAGAGAGAGGAGAGAUGUGCACAACAUUGAGUUCUAGGUUCAAAACUAAAACGAGAACAACUGAAACCUGCGUAUAUGGAGCGAUUAGAGGGGCCCUUUUAGUGGAGCUGAGCUUAAGGACUGUGUUGGGGUUUUUGGCGUUUAGCUCCAUAAAACUUUGACUCAGUAAUUUAUGAGAUUUAUGAGUGUUCUAUAAAUACAUUUAUUUCCGUCCAGAAGAAAAACUACAAAGAUGUUAACAAAAGAUAGUUUUAUAUUUAUUCUAUUAGCUUUUAACCGUGUCAGAUUUUCUCUCUUUGCAGCAUUCUUGCUUUACAUACAAAUAGAAACGUCUUAGUUUUAAAGUUACAUUACACUUAAGUUCUUAACAGUUUUCCCUGCUUUAAGUAUCUUGAUCUGGACCAAAAGCCUUCAAACCCAAGUGUGAAUCAGUUGUUCCAUUUGUGUUGCACGGACAGCUUUGUUGACAUCAACAGGAUUUCAUCUGGAUUUUAGAUUGAAAGUCACACAGCCUUUUAUGAAACUUUUUCUCAAAAUGGUUUUGUUUUUAUAAUCCACAAGAGUGAAUCACACUUUUCUUGGGAAAAAAGUUGUGCCAGCGUCGAUGAGUGCUCCAUGGUGGACUCACAGACCCUCCAUCAAACACAGGACUUUAUGUGGGAGUGACUGGAGUCUGGCACAGUCUGCAAAAAGGCAUACCUCUGUACAUUUGCAAGUGUAUGUGUAUAGUGUGCUACCUUAAUGCAUAGCCCUGUGUGUGUGUGUGUGUGUGUGUGUGUGUGUGUGUGUGUGUGUGUGUGUGUGUGUGUGUGAAUGUGUGUAUGUGUGUGUUGUGUCUUUGUGGCUGUGUGCGUGGUCUGGUUACAGAAGAACCAUGUGGAACCUAUUCUGCCAAUUCCCCUGUGAGACUUUGAACAGAGCUCUGACUGCCUGGGAAAGUCCAUAAAUGGGUUCUGUGUGUGUGUGUGUGUGUGUGUGUGUGUGUGUGUGUGUGUGUGUGUGUGUGUGUGUGUGUGUGUGUGUGUGCGUGCGCCGUGUGUGUGUGUAUUUUAAUUGAACACUUUUCCUCUGCAAUGCUGCUGAAUCUUUUCUAAUACACUCAUUAUUACAUUAAAAAGCAAAUCCAGCAAAUGGUAAAUCCCUACCUAUUCAACCUGAAAGAACCAUUACAGCGUUUUGACAAUGCCCCUCAGUCUGUUAGUCUUCACUUUCAUCCUGUAUGUUGUCAUGUAGCAGAGAGAAAAGGGAGUGAGGAAAGAAAGCUGACCUUUUUCUUCGGUACUGAAGUGGAACUAAACUGAAGUGAAGUGAAAGUCAGGUCAUGAUGUGAGACUGGGAAGCUAUUUUGAGUCUGAUGAUUAAAUCAGCCAGACAGACUAAAGCCAGACGUGACAAACUUGGGCUAAUACUGUAUAGAUUUAUGACUAAAGUGGACUGGGCUUUAAUGUAAACACCAGAGCUGUUAAACGGUCUGGAGGUUUCCUUUUUAUGACUUGACUCAACAUUAGCAUCAUAUGACAAGUUUCUCAUGCAUACUGUACUGCAAGCUGCUCAAAUAUGACCAUAAACAUACUGUCAUUAUUUUAGGUUUGCAGUUGUUCUGUGGACAUUUACAUGUUUAGGGAGGUGAAACAGUUAGCCAACUUUGCCAGCAAUAAAGCCUAGUUAAACCAUUCCUAUGGAUUAGUAUCACCAUGUUAAGGUAGUGUGGUGCGGUUAAAAUCAUAAAGAUAAACUGCAUUGUAAACGGGAAGGGUGCACCACCAGUGUAUCCCACAACAGCCAACACACUGGAGGGCCCCACAAAGUAUUUUUGCUCAACAUGUUAGCAUAUUUAAGAUUACUGUCAACUACUAAUAAACUAGUGGACAAUCUCUUCUUCUUAAUCUUUGCAUAACCCUUUAAUGAAAACUCCACUUUCCUUUGACGGGGAUAAUAACAUUGAGGAAAGUCUGUAAAAUGUCAAUGACAACAGAUCUAUUGUAAAAUCAUUCUGUAUAUGUUGAUGUUUGGUCAGUAAUCUGGAGUUACUAAUCUGGCCUUCUCCCAGUAGAUAAACAGACAGCUAAAACCCCCAAGUCCUUAACUUCUUUAAUUGUCGCUGAUUUUUGCUGAACUACCUUUUGCUCAGGUGUGCUACAGAAAGUGCUGAGAGUAUUAACAGCCCUGGCCUUGGAACACAAUCUGCUGGACAGAGUUCACAAUGACACUAAAUUUAUCAUCAAUGACAAUGCCAAACGUCAUUUUCAAUGAUAGUUUUUUUUUUCAACAGUUCAUAUCAGACAAACACAUAUCCCAAUACAGUUAUAUCUUAUCAAGGCACCUUAUUUCCUUUAUGAUGUUUUCAUUUGGGAAACCUGACAUCAUAUAGAUUUUUUAUUCAGAAGUUAGAAGCAAAGAGAGAUCUCAGUAUUAAGAUUUCAUUGAACCUUCACUUUAUUGUCUCAUGUCAACAAUGAUUCUCAAACGAAGUAGGAGUGUCAGGAAUGAUGUCUCUCUAUAAUAAUAGACAGAAAACAAAAGAGGAGUAUCAGUUUAUCAUCUUAUUCAAUAAAACAUGUUUGGUGAGGUAUUUACUGCAGCCCGGAUGGAGCGCUAGCACUGACUGAGCUGUUGAUGUUGGUCUUGGUGUUUACUGUUUUAACACAGUUGUGUGUUUUCUCUGUUCCUCUCUCAGAUCCAGAAUGUUGGUCUUGAUGUUUACUGUUUUAACUCAGUUGUGUUUUCUCUGUUCCUCUCUCAGAUCCAGAACGCUGAUGACGUGUUGAUCUCACCACUGGAGAGGUUUCGUAAGGAGCAGAUCGGAGCUGUGAAGGUAUAUUUCAGGCGAUAAUCUACUCAGAGUAACUACACUAUUUACUUUUUACCUUUCCGCUGAGGCUAGUAAGUGAAGUUCAGUUCAUUAAGUAAAUUAGCAAUGCAACAGUGUGGGUGCUGAUCCAAAAGACCUUCCUUCUCUGGUCUGGUCUUAGUCGAUCUCUCAGUCAGCGGUCAGAGAAUUCAGUUUGCUCUGAUAAACGGUGGAUCACAGUCCAGUGUCAGUAUUAAGGUCAUGGGAACGGACACUGAGAGGGAAGACAGGGAGCGCGUCACAGACACAGAGAUAGCUGAACUCAGUGAGGCAGUAUAAACACUAAGUGAGUGUAGUGUCUGGUUUCAGCAGCUGUCUCCAACCUUAUGAUUCAGUUUAUCUCAUUUUUGUCUUCUUUGUCCUCUGAGACUGAAAAACCAGCAGAGAUAAGGGUGUCCUAUGGAAAGCAGAAGAAGAAGAAGGCAGCAUUCAAAAAAAAAACAGUAGAGCCGGUCAAAGCUAUGAAUAACCCUGAAAGUGAAAUCACAGCUCACUUGUGUUCUGGGCCUGCAGAAUGUGGCAGCAGUGUGUGAGCAGCACAUCCUCACCCUGGUGUUUGUGAGCAAAACAGUGAAGAGUGAGGCUUUGCAUGGGGAAAGUAGAGCUGCAGCUGUUAUGGAAAAUAUCUGUUGUCCUGAAUAUUUUGGCAUGUCUCUUUGUGAAGAUUAUUAACGGGUUUUCAGCACUGGGUUACAGCGUUUUGGUACUUCAGGGCCGGUUUGCUCAUCCCAAAAGUUUUAAUUCCAUGAAAAAUCAGAUACUUUGUGCAGGAAAAUACUGACAUACUGGUCGCUGCAAGGAUUUUAGCACCUUAUUAUCAGCCUUCUACCUAAGAGCUGUGCGGUGUUUCACUAAGCUGUUAGCAUGGCUGUAGACAUCCUUUAGCUUUUACAUGUAAGGGGAUCUAAAGUUGGACUUGCUACCAGACCCCAAUGCUUUUCACAGAUAAGGACUGACUUAUUUGUGUUUGUUAAGCAGUUCUAGUCAAAUAACACUUUCUGCAGGUAGCAUAACCGUACUUGGAUAUUUAUUAUACUUAGCUGCAGCAAUGUUACAAGGUGGUAACAGCAGAAACAACCCCUGAAAUAAGCGCUGGUGCCACUUAGUUUUCUUAGACCUUAAUUGUCAACCUGCCUGCUGUAGUUUUAAUUCUGUGAAAGUAUUAAUCAAAAAUAAGCACAUUUGUGAAAAACUGUAGUGAGUAUUUCUGGCACUACAAAAAGUAUUUGACUGCAUGUCGAUUCAAGUGCUGGUUACUGGUUACAGCAAGCCACUGUGUCAUUUUCACAUGAAAUUACAGGUAAGAACACCUGCAUAGAGUGUUUUUGUUACUGUUUCUAUGAGCAUUUAAUGUUGGUUAAAUAAUGGGAUAUAGAAAUAUGCUAUAGUAGAUCUUAUAUGUUGGACUCGGACUGCAUAAAACAUGAACGUAAUCUCUGCGACUUCACUCACUGGUUUCUGGAGAGGCAUUAUGAAGCCCAAUCGCUUCAACACUGUAUAACUUUCAGCACACCAACAGGCAGACACACUAAGAAACAGGCAGAGGUGUGGCCUCUGAGCAAGGGACUAUAACUCACCCCCCUGUCUGUCAAAAAUUCAAGCCCCUAAUUAUUCAAAUUUAUGUAUGACCUAUAUUCUUUAUAUCAACAGAUGCAUUGUGAAAAAAUAAAAAAUCACCUCCUCCACAAUGUGUACAAAUAAAUGAAUGAACUGCACUCCCCUGUAAAUGUUUAAUUCUGCUGUAAAGUUUAAAAUUGGGCCUAAUGGGGAUUCAUUGUUCUGUGGGGCCAGCUUCAAGAGGACACUUCAGAAACCGCAGUUUUUUGCACUUAUAUUGGCUGUUUUUUCAUAGUAGCUGCCUGGUUGUACUUUGCAUUUACAGUAAAAAUAUAACACUACAGAUGGUUAUGAACAAAAUAAUCAUAGAAUAAUGAUCCAUAUAACUUAAAGUAAAAAACAGUCAAUCCAAACUUCAGUGAAGGACAGAUGAAGGAAUGGGGAAAACAAUAAAAAAGGCACAGUGAAAGUGUGAUAUUUUUGUGUGUUAUGUAAUUUUCUGUCUCAUCUCCAUCUUUCUAAGGAGGGAAAGAAGCAGUUUGAUAAAGAGACAGAAAGGUACUACUCUGUUCUGGAGAAACACCUCAGCCUGUCCUCCAAAAAGAAGGAAUCACACCUCCUGGAGGUAAACCCCUCAAGUCUUAACAUCCCAAAGUUCUCUCAGCGUUCAUCAGGUAACAAUAAGUUUUUCACGAGGGUUGCUGUUCUUGUUGCAGGCUGAUGUGCAGAUGAGUAAGGACAGGCAGGUGUUUUAUGAUGCAUCGCUGCAGUAUGUCUUCAAGAUCCAAGAAGUGCAGGAGAGAAAGAAGUUUGAGUUUGUGGAACCGGUGAGUUCACAAAUAUGAUCAUGUCCAUAUGCAACCUUUGCCUCUCACAGCUGUUUUUAUCUCAUUUACUUUAUUUCUGUCAGUUAGUUUUGUUGAUAUCAGCCUUUGGUGCCACCUGCGUCAGGCUGUCAUGUUGUUUCCUUGGCUGCUCGGCCUUUUAACGGCUCUAACACGAGAGAGACAAAGCUGUCAACAAUAAACUUUGUUUCACCACAGGAAAAUAUGCCAGACGAGUCUGUUUUGUAAACAGCGAUGUAAACAUCAGGUCAUAACUGCAGCCAAGCCAGUAAUGACCAUGUGUGUGUGUAAACAGACAAGAUCAUGGAAACACAGCUAGGUCAGAGUUUAAAAGACAUGGAUUACACACACUGUUUGGCUGGUGAUAAAACAUGUUUUGGCGAUAGAUAUCAGUAAAGCCCUCUUCCUGUUGCUGUAGAAGCACUUCCUGUACGGCGAUCUCUUCCACCAAACACAGAGGGAAACGCUUUGUUAUAAAGUAAACAAGAAUAGCAAACCAAACAACAGUCAGAGUUUGGGGAUUUUUCCUCCAUCUGUAACUUUGGAGUGAUUAAGCAGAUGAGUGACAGCCAUUGUCUUUUAAUCCUCACUUUAUACUUGACACUCCUACGCUCUCAGCUGAUAUUUUCCUGCUUAUUUUACUCCCUCUGUUCUUCAGUUAUUAGCUUUCCUGCAGGGUUUGUUUACCUUCUACCAUGAGGGCUACGAGCAGGCCAGUGAGUUUGAUCCCUAUAAGCAACAGCUACAGUUCAACCUUCAAAACGUAAGUGUUUCUGGUCGCUCCAGACUUCUGGAACAAAUAUAUUUCAUUUAUUGAAGUCUUUUUAAGUUUUGUACCAAGAAAAGUAUCGGCAACUUGCAGUUCCUGAAAAGACUUAACACCCAGUACACCUAACAUGCUCUAACAUAAUUCAAAUAACUAUUAGCCACAUAGUUGACAAGGCAAAGACAUAAAGUACUGCCUUAGUGGCUUACUUUGCAAAGGUUGUGACAUGUCCUGUAUACUUUCUUUUAAUGUACUUUCUUGUACCUGUGUGAUUGAUAAGGCUCGCAAUAACUUUGAAAGUACCCGCGCUGAGGUUGAGAGGCUGAUGAAGAGGAUCCGCUCUGCAGAGGAAGACUUCAAAGCCCCCGGCUGCUUUACCAUGGAGGGAUAUCUGUACAUACAAGAGAAGCGUGAGUUCUUUGCCGCCAUUUCUAAUGUGCAGAUAAGCAAACAGAUGAACUAUUUUAAACACAAAUUCACAUGAAAGGAUCUGUUUCUUAUAUUAUAGGUCCACUAGGUAGUGUUUGGACCAGGUACUACUGCACUUAUGAAAAAAGCUCCAAGAUGUUCAGCAUGAGCAACAUUGAGGCCAGGCCAGCCAGUAGACAGGUGAGUCUGAAUCACACAAUGACCGCACUGUCUAAACCAGGCCACAGCGUCAAUGUCUCCUACCUGUCAUACCAUUAAAAAACUCAACAUAAAUCAGCUUAAGAGCUCCAGAAUUUGGCUCCAUACUUUAUGCUUAUGUUGCUUUGGGAAGGACAAACUCUAAAUACAACACAUGGAGUCCUCAUCUCUCAUCUUUCUGCUGACAGAACGGCGUCAUGAAUGUCCCUCCUGAGGUGUUCAAGCUGCGCUCCUGUGUCAGAAGGAAGACGGAUUCAAUCGACAAACGCUUCUGUUUUGACAUCGAAGUGGUUGAAAGGUGAGAGGGGGAGAUGACUGCGAGGUUGUUCGUCUAUUUCUUGCAUUUCGAUAGCCUUUCAUCGUGUUUGGGUUAACGAUGUCUGUUUCUCUGCAGGCACGGCGUCAUCACCUUGCAAGCUCUCUCUGAGGCAAAUAGACGGCUGUGGAUGGAGGCAAUGGAUGGGAAAGAACCUGUAUGAAAAUUACAACUGUUAAAAGAACAAUAGUACAUAAAUAGUCACUUCAGGAAAUAAAAGUACCAUUAGGUAGAAAGAAAAUGCAGACAAAUGAAUAUAUUCAAACGUGAAGUUGUUAUGCAGUCAUAUUUUCACAAACCUUCUUGAUUAACUCAUAUUUUUUUACCUUGUUUAGAUUUACACUCUGCCAUCAUUGCUCAGUAAAAAGGAAGAGAGUAAGUAUUGUGAGAAAUCCAAUUUUCAACUUGAUGUAAUUUAUAUUAUAACACAAUCUAUAUCAAUAUUUCUUGCAUUAUAUCACAACAGCUGCUGAACACGUUGUAUUUUACAGCUUUCCUGAAUGAGGCAGGCCUCAGCUUUGUGAAGAAGUGCAUUGAGUUGGUUGAAACAAGAGGUAUUCCUCCUCUUUUUUUAUGAAUUUAUUGUGCGCUUGGUCUGUCAAGUGUCUUAGUACAUGUGGGUUUGUGUUUGUAGGUAUUACCACCCUGGGUCUGUACAGGAUUGGGGGAGUCAACUCCAAAGUUCAGCGCUUGAUGACAAGCGUGUUCGGUAAGAAAAAGCCCUGUGAGCUACAAAUAUGAUGAGUAGACGGGAAGGUGCAUUCACUAACUUCUCAUUGGUUGUGUUUUAGCAUCUACAGCUCCAGCUGACAUGCAGCUGGAUGGAGACGCCUGGGACAACAAGACCAUCACCAGUGGCCUCAAGAAUUAUUUUAGGUAACAUACGGCAUGGACUAGUCUCUUUGAGUAACACUUCUUUGGUAUGUGAAGUCCUGAUUUUUUUUCAUGGGCAUACAGGUGUCUGGCAGAACCACUCCUGACCUACAGACUGCAUAAAGAGUUCAUCAAGGCUGCAAGUAAGAUCCCUCACAGCCCCUCUCGAAACACAGACAACACAGUAGACCACACCACUCAAUCGGUGUACAGCUGUGGUGUCUUUACCUAAUGCAAAAAGCAGAAAGUCAUGUCACCCUCUCACAGGUGAAUAGUCUCUAAAAAUGUUUCAUUUCCUUGUUCUCUAAAAGAGUACGACGACCAGAAGCACAGAGUGAGAGCGAUUCACGCUCUCGUCCACAAACUUCCAGAGAAAAACAAAGUGAUGUUAGAUCUGUUAACCAACCAUCUCCUCAAGUGAGUAAAGGUCAACACCACUGUGUGGUGGGGCUAUUUUUUGGUUUGCAAGAAUGGUUAUUCACACAGGAAAAUAUUAUGAGAAGAUGAUUCAUCCAAAAUAGCUUUGUUGUAAAUACUUUCACAGAUUACAAUUCAAGCUAAAAUCUUUGUUUUUUACAGUUUCUGCAAACACUUCUUUUGCUGUCGUAUGAAUUAAAACUGCAUACAUUUGCUUGUGUGUGUGUGUGUGUGUGUGUGUGAUGAUCUCUUUAUCGUUGUGUUUGUGUAGGGUGUCCUCCCACAGUGACCAGAACCUGAUGACCGUUUCCAACCUUGGAAUGAUUUUUGGUCCCACGUUGAUGAGGUCUCAGGAGGAGACUGUGGCUGCCAUGAUGAACAUCAAGUUUCAGAAUAUCGUGGUGGAGAUUAUCAUUGAAAACCAUGACAAGGUAGGCAGCUGUGUAUAUGGACUCACACUUAUACACACAUACACAAGCAUACAGAACAUACAUGUGCGCUAUGUGUUCUUGCCAGAUUUUUGGUGAGGCCCCAGACCUGUCAGUGCCGUUACCUCAGGCUUCAUCCUCUCGGUCGACUCCUCGGCGGAACAAAGCCAUCUGUUUGUCAUCUGGAAAGAGGAGGGCUCGCCUCUACCCGCCAACUCUGUGCCUGGCAGACAAUGACAGUGAGUCUCUCUGCAGCUUUCAGCCCCUGAGUCUUAUAAGUCACAAACACCCUUAUAAACCCAUCUGAAUCUACUCUAUAUAUGUAUCAUAUUACAUCUCAAAUGAUGAAAAUGUUUGAUUUUAGGAUUUCAGAUUCAAACAAUACAGUGACAAAAAGACUUGCUUUGGCAGACAGGAUAAAUGGUUUGUGGGUUUUUUGUUCAACAGAAGUUUUGAACCAAAGUGAUUUUUUUCUGCAGCACUUCUGAUUUAUAAAAAUGGUGCUAUCUCAGUAAAGUUAUCUUUAUUUCUCUUAGACUGAGCUUCACAGCUCAAAUUUUUUUUUCUGUCAUAAUACAAGAAAACUUGUGAUUUUUAACUUUUGUUUUCAGUUUUGUACUCCUAGAGGAUAUUAAAGCUUCCAUUCACCUCAGUUUUUAAAAAGUCUCAUAAGUGUUCACUUUGGAAAACACUCGACUAUGACAAACUCACAGAUAUGUUUCUUGGCCCUCAGAUCAAUCAGCAGGAUCUAGACAGUCAUCUGAAUGUCAUUCUGUCUCUGUUGCUUCAUCGUGUUUAAUUUCUCCCUCCAGGUGACACAUUCAGCAGCAGCCCCAGCACAACUCCAAUGGGAAGCCAAGAGUCUCUGUCCUCUCACUCCUCUGAAAAGAACGGACUGUCUCAGACCUCUCCUCCGUCCUCUCCUGCUGCUGAGCCCAGCUCGACCUCCACAGAACAGCUGUCCCCUCCUGCAGCCUCCCUCCUCUCCCCAUCCAAUAGUUCUCCAAACGGGAAGGAUCAGAAGACAGAUGAUGCUGCCUCCCCUCGCCGCACUCCUGCCUCUCCACAGAUGUCCACAGAGCUUACCCCUGCCCAAAAGACUUCCUCUGUGUCCUCCUCAUUGUCCUCUCUAUUGUCUGACGACAGGACUCUGUCCGCCAAAGGAAACUCGACAGCGUCUUUGUCAUCUAUAAAAGAAUCCAGAUCUCCCUCCAUAGCCUCCUCGUCCACUGCCUCCCUCCAGCUCGUCUCCGUGGAGCGCUCCUCCUCUCUCAGGGAGGAUAGACCCGUGCCCAGAGUGUCGUUGGUCUCCUCUCCGAAAAGCGCUCAAUCUGUAGAUCAAGGAACCCUCUCAUCUACUCUUACAGAAACAAAAGUGACAGACUCUACCUCUCCUUCACGCCAACACAGAAGAACUUACAGAACUGCCUCCUCUUCCUCCUCCUCCUCUUCCUCAUUAUUCCCCUACCGGCUUUCUACGUCUUCCUCUCUCACCUCCUUGCACAUCUCUGAGGGUAAGUACAGCAUUAAAUGUUCUCAAAAGUGUCAAUCUGUCGUGGUGUUCUGAUUUCUUGUGUUGUGUUGUUUUGUAGAUUAUAAAAGCUGUCACGGCUCAGUGCAGAGUCUCAUGUCACUGGACCCCCCUGAUACAGCACACUCACGAAGAACGUCGCAUGUCCGCUGUGGCUCUGAUAUGACCGGGAAACACUCUGCAGCCGCUACAUCCAGCAACGGAUACCAGAGGCCUGCAUCAGUGUGAGUGUCUGUGAGAUCGAGUUAGAAAUCUGUAAUCUAGGGUCGCUACUGAUGCAGAAAUUUGUGUUGUGCCCCCCGAGACCGGAGAACAGAACAUAUCUGAGUCCCUGGAUAGUUUGAGGAAGAUCAGCUUUUUGAACACCCAGUUUAUUUUCAUUGAUUUUGUGGUUUUAUGUUGCAGAAUAUCCACCAGACUAUCACAGCGAGAGAGCUCAGUCUUCUCCUCUGCAUUAGACAUUUGUUCUGGACGGUGAGUUCGACUGACACUCAAACUUUUAGUCUUGAUGUUAACAUUCGUUGUACUUCAUGACAAAUUAAUGAAAUCUGAAAUUGUUACAGACAAAAUAUAAUCUGAUGAACUAAAUUCUCCUUUACUCAUAUUGUAAAUGUUUUUCACUGAUGAUGUGUUUUUUUUUAACACCAUAGGGAUGCAAAAGCUCUGUAUUCAUGCGAGGCAGAGCACAGCCAUGAGCUUAGCUUUCCUCAGGGGGCGCUGUUCUCAAAUGGUAAGAAAACUGCAAAGAUAUACUUGAAUGUUGUCUAAAAUAUCAUUCUCCAUGUUUUAGGUUUUAUUGAUAAUUCUCUAUGAUUUAUUCCUAAUCAAAGUAGUUAUGCAACCAUGACACUUUUUUGGAAGAGGGUAUCUUAUAAGCGUUAUGAAGUUUUCAUACUUGAUGUGAUAUAUUCUGAAAUGUACUUUCAGAAUAUUGUGACUGUUGUCAUUAUCAGAUAUUUUAUAACUUCAGACACAGGGAUUUAAGUGUAUACAGUAAAUAUAUAUGAGGGUCCUGAUCCUGUCUUGUGGUUUGUGUCUAUAGUGUACCCAUCUGUGGAACCCGGUUGGCUUCAGGCAACAUACAACGGUAGAACGGGCCUCAUUCCUGAAAACUACAUUUCAUACAUGUGACGUCACCGCAUCAUCAUCGAGUAACACAAGUUCGACUUUAGUGCGUUUCAGUGCGUCCAGCAAUACUCUGUGCUGCUGAUCAAAGACAUAAUAUAUUUAUCAUGUAACUGUGACUGCUAUCACUGAACCACUGGGGCUGUUAAUGAUUAAUGUAUUUACUGUAUGUAUAUCUGACUACUACAUGUGAACCAUGUUAUGUGUUAUUAACCAUCUUACAGUUUAAUUACUGUCCAAAUUUAAUUGGUUUUCUGACUUUUCCUCCAGUUGCCAUGAGUUGUCAGCUUUAUAUUUUCAUCGGUCUCACAGUAGCUCUCAAUGACAUGCCCUCAAAGUAAAACUGUGUUUGUCAAUCAACAUUGAUCACUUUUGAGUUUGUAAAUAAUCGUAUUAAUUUGAUAUGUCCACACCUCAGUGCCUUAAACAGUAUGAACUGAUUGUCUAUGACUGAACUCUGCCUCUACUCUUCCUGUCUUUCAGUUUUCAUGCUGUCUAAAUAAACUCUUUUAUAUGUGGGUUUUGCUAUUUUGGAUGUUUUUUACACUUUUAUGACAAAAAUGUACUUUUUACAAGACAACAAAUCCAUCUUGCAGAUUUAUUAGAG